UUUCCUUAUUGUUUAAAGUUUGACUUUUUUUUUCGUCGUAGUUCUUUACGAAUUAUCCUGGUAGAAACAUUAGGUUUCUGCACUUCUGCCCCCUAGGGCCUGCAACGGACACUGCAUACAUUUUCCCUGGAGUUAAUUUUCUGACAUUAUGAUCGAAUUAAUAUACAACAACAAUAAGAAGAAGAAGAAUCAUAACAAUGAUUAUCAUUAUAAGAAGAACAUUGAUGUUGUAAAUCUUAUCAAAUUCUAAAGCAUUUAUUAAACGUGACCUUGACCUGUUGAUCUCUUUUAUGUUUGGUGUUUUCCUGUAACUGGGUGGAAAAUUCCCUGCGUGUUAUCUCUGUGAAUCAAGUUUAAAGAUCACUGCACUGUAAUGUCUGCAGUCACUGACUGCUGUCUAUCACAUUUACACAUUUACACACACGUCAGUACUCUCUACAGCGACGGUAAAAACUACGGUCUGUAGUUUGGUUAGAAUGAUUUCAAGGUUCAAAACGUUUCGUAAACGGGUGAAGAAGUAUGACCCCAGAGAUCUGACCAUGACAUUCGUGGACCGACAAGACGACCUGGAUCCACACAGUGACUCGGGGUCCCUCAGAGCACUGUUGCCUUGUGGUCACGCUGUGACCCCUGAAACUCUGUUCCAGUGGUGUCGUACCCAGCUGGAGGAGGGGAUCUACAUAUUCACCUGCCCUGCGUUGGUGAAGGGCACCCAAAAGUGCAACAAGACGUUGCCAUACACAGAAGUACGACGACUAGCUGAUUUGUCUCCAGAGGAGAUGCAGUAUUUUGAGGAGAACAUGGCUUACAAAGCUCUGGAAAAAAUCUGUGAAUUUCAAGCAUGUCCUCGGUGUAAAACCACCGUGGAGAGGCAGGACUUGUCCAACCUCUGUGUCCAGUGCAGCAUCUGCACUGUAAACCAGGGCAGUGUCUUCCAUUUCUGUUGGCAGUGCCUGCGGCCCUGGAGAGGCAGCGCCCCCCGAAGUGACCGGUGCCUUUACAAAGGUUGUGGCAACAAAGACGUGCUGCUCCUGCAGACCUGCAAGACCAUUGAUCUGCCGCAGGUGAAGGGCGCCACCUGCUGCCCGUCAAUCCGAGCCUGUCCUACUUGUGGCCUGAAGGUGGAGCACAACCAGAUGAACUGCAAAAACGUUAAAUGCCCACGCUGCCACCUUAAUUUCUGCUUCAUAUGCCUCAAGAGCAAGAGUGAAUGCUCCAAAACAACCACACCUUUUCAGAUGUGUUCCACAGGCGUGGCCCCGAGGCAGACCGCCAUCCCCACGUGGCACAGAAGAUGAAAA